CUUCUCUCUCUCCUUCUCUCUCUCUCUCUCGAUCGAUCGAUUUCUGCUGGUUAAUUUGGUUUGGUGCUGGCCCUAGCAUCAGCGAGAGAUAGAGAGAGAGAGGGAGGGAGGGAGACAGGCUGCUGCUAGAUAUAGCUAGGCGGCAACCUGCUGCUCAUAUGAUCCUCCUACCUGGAACCCUAGAUGAACCAUGGCUAGCUGACGAGCUCGAUCGAUCGAUCUGUCUCUCCUCCCGCCAUAUAAAGAGUGGUAGUGUCUAGCUCGAUCGAGGGAGACGAUGGUGUCCUUGCCGCGUCCUCUCUUCCAUUCCUAAUCCCUUUCCGUGUGUGUGCGACUGCGCCUUCCGGCCACCGAGAGAGAGCGAGGGAGAUAAAGGAGGAGGAGGAGAGGGGGCAGCGAAGAUGAUGAACGUACCAUCCGCUGCCGCGAGCUCCUGCGAUGAGUUCGGCUACGCGGCAGCGCCUCACCACCACCCCCACCACCACAGCGCCACCCCGCCGCCGCCGCCGGCGCUUCUCCCAAUCAUGGACCAGGACAGCGGCGGCGGUGGCGGCGGCGGCAUCCAGAGGGAGCAGCAGCACCUCGGAUACAACCUGGAGCCAAGCUCCCUAGCUCUGCUUCCCCCUUCCAACGCCGCCGCCGCCGCGCACCACGCCACCAUCGCCCACGCAUCCCCCCAUGACAUCCUCCAGUUCUACCCUACCUCGCACUACCUCGCCGGCGCCGGUGGCGGCAACCCCUACAGCCACUUCACGGCGGCGGCAGGGAGCACCUUCCAGUCGUACUACCAGCAGCCGACGCAGGCCGCGCCGGAGUACUACUUCCCCACCCUCGUCAGCUCGGCGGAGGAGAACAUGGCCAGCUUCGCCGCCACGCAGCUGGGCCUCAACCUCGGCUACCGGACCUACUUCCCGCCGCGAGGCGGCUACACCUACGGCCACCACCCGCCGCGGUGCCAGGCGGAGGGCUGCAAGGCCGACCUCUCCAGCGCCAAGCGCUACCACCGCCGCCACAAGGUGUGCGAGCACCACUCCAAGGCGCCGGUCGUCGUCACCGCCGGCGGCCUGCACCAGAGGUUCUGCCAGCAGUGCAGCAGAUUCCAUCUUCUUGAUGAGUUCGACGACGCCAAGAAGAGCUGCAGGAAGCGCCUCGCCGACCACAAUCGCCGGCGGAGGAAGUCGAAGCCGUCCGACGGCGAGCAUUCUGCUGAAAAGAGAAGGGCGCAGGCGAAUAAAUCGGCAGCUACUAAAGACAAAGCAGGAACUAGCAGCAGCAAGAACGCAGGCAUUGGAGACGGCUUCGAGGCACAGCUACUGGGGAGCGCACACAUGUCCAAGGAUCAAGAUCAAGCCAUGGAUCUUGGAGAGGUGGUGAAAGAAGCAGUAGAUCCCAAAGGCAAGGCAUCGAUGCAGCAGCAGCAGCAGCAAGCACACCAUGGGCUUCACCAGCAGAGCCACCAUGGCGGCCAGCAGCAUGGCUUCCCUUUUCCUUCGUCGUCGUCCGGCUCAUGCUUGUUCCCUCAGAGCCAAGGAGCUGUGUCGAGCACUGACAACACAUCAAAUAUAGCUCAAGUGCAGGAGCCAAGCUUAGCGUUCCAUCAGCACCACCAACACAGCAACAUCCUUCAGCUUGGACAGGCGAUGUUUGAUCUCGACUUCGAUCACUAGUAUAAUUAUUAAUUAAUAUUUAUCUCAAUCAUCUCUCCCUAUCUCUCUCUAGCUCCCUCCCUCUCUCUCUCUCCCUCGUACGUGUGUGUACGUCCGGACAUCUCUCUUUUCAUCUUGUCUUUAUUAAUCACUGUAAUUUGGAUAUAAUAAUGAUAGCUUAUGCAUUAUUGUCAUGUGUACUGGCAGUUUUCCUCGUUGGAGAAGCUGGCUAAAUGGCUGGUACAUCAAAUUUAGUCUUAGUUUGGUGUGCACCGGCUGAGGCUAUAGACAUGUGUGUUGGUUAAUUAAUUAAUUUCAUCUAGGAAGAUGCACCACAUGAAAGUUGUACGGAUAUCUACAUAACUACCUGAAUUUUUCGUGCAAA